AUGGCGGGGACCGCGUCGGAACGGGAGGAAUCCGUGUACCUGGCCCGCCUGGCGGAGCAGGCCGAAAGGUACGACGAGAUGGUGGCGGAGAUGGGCAGGGUGGCACGGGGGGCCCAGGACGGGGAGCUCAGUGUGGAGGAGCGCAACCUGCUGAGCGUGGCGUACAAGAACGUGGUGGGCAGCCGGCGCAGCUCCUGGCGCGUGGUGUCCAGCAUCCAGCAGAAGGAGGAGGGCAAGGGGCGGACGGAGCACGUGGAGCGGAUCCAGAAGUACCGCAGGAAGAUAGAAGACGAGCUGAGGCAAGUGUGCAAUGACAUCCUGGGCCUCCUGGAUGACUACUUGAUUCCCACAGCAUCCUCAGGAGAGUCUAAGGUCUUCUAUCUGAAGAUGAAGGGCGACUACAACAGAUACCUGUCCGAGUUCACGGCCUCCAGUGAGCGCAAGGAGGCCGCUGAGCAAACCCUGUUGGCAUACAAGGCCGCGCAGGACAUAGCGCUCGUGGACCUGCCGCCGACACAUCCCAUUCGCUUGGGCCUGGUGCUCAACUUCUCAGUUUUUUACUAUGAGAUCCUCAAUUCUCCUGAGCAUGCUUGCCAUCUGGCCAAGCAGGGCUUUGAUGAAGCUAUUCGGGAGCUAGACACUCUGGGCGAGGAAUCAUACAAAGAUAGCACUCUGAUUAUGCAGCUGCUGAGAGACAACCUAACGCUUUGGACUAACGACAUGCAGGAUGCCAAGGAUGGUGAUAGGGGGGACAACAAGGAGGACACUGAUAAUGUGCAAGAAAAAGAUUGA